UGUUGUUUAACCGCAGCAUUAUCAGGCUGUUCAGGAUGAUAUUAGGAUGCGAGAUUCAUAGCAAAAUAAACUAAACAAACAAAAAAAUAACAUAAUUUUCUACUUUAAUAAGUCAAUGGGGACAACGCAAAUAUGAAGAGUUAUGUAGAUAAACAAUCGUAGCAAGUAUCAGAGCUGCUACUAAAACAUGGAAACGUAACAUUCCUCACAGCCAUGCUAAUGGUUAGAUGGUGGAUGUAACGAUCACGGUUUGCGUGUUAGGAAAAUUGCUAAGACCACUUGAAUUAACAGCCGUGGUCGCCUUCGCGUGUUUUCCACAUAUAAGCUAGACUGUCAUAUAAAAAACUCACAAGAUGCCUAAUACCAGUGCCAGGCCAAAGCAUGGGAGGAGAACCCGACGGCGACACAGAGUGGAUCCUGCCAGGGACGAGCUGAUCUCCAGUUCCCUAGAGAGUGCCCAACAGUGCCUGUUUAAUCAGGAUUAUGGAACAGCGUUUGUGCACUAUCUUCUCGUCCUCAACCUCGCACCUAUGUUCAAAGAGUUUGCAAGGGAGUCCUUCAGGUUUACUCUCUUCAAAUGGGCGGAAGAGUUGGACUCAGUGGGCCGCAUUCAGGACCUUUUUGACUGUUACGAGCAAGCCCUGGAAAUCUUCCCAGCUGAUGAGGUCAUCCUAAACAGCAUGGGCGAACACUUGUUCCGGAUGGGAUUUAGAGAUGAAGCUGCAGGUCAUUUCCACAAAGCCUUAAAGCUGAGACCUGACUAUCCAGAGGCCAGAGAGAACUUCUACCGUGUGGCCAACUGGCUAGUGGAGCGCUGGCAUUUCCUCAUGCUCAACGACCACGGGAGGAACCGGAAGUACCAGCAAGCCAUUCAAAAAGCCGUUCAAAGUGGUUGUAACACCGUACUUGACAUAGGAACUGGCACUGGAAUCCUUGGUAUGUGUGCAAAAAAAGCAGGAGCUGCAGAGGUGUACGCUUGUGAGCUGUCAAAGACGAUGUAUGAAUUGGCCUGCGAGGUGGUGACUGCUAAUGGAAUGGAUGGUUGCAUCAAGAUCCUCCAUAAAAAAUCCCUGGAGAUGGAAGUGCCGACAGACAUCCCACACAGGGUAUCACUGGUGGUGACAGAGACAGUAGAUGCUGGGUUGUUUGGAGAAGGCAUCAUAGAGAGUCUCAUUCAUGCCUGGCACCACCUGCUGCUGCCUCCAAAGAGAGAUGAGAGUGAAUUUGGAGACGAGUCCAACACAGGACGUGUUAUUCCUGCUGGAGCCACUGUGUUUGGUAUGGCUGUCGAGUGCCUGGAGAUCCGUCGACAUCACAGGCUCUGUGUGACAGAAGUGGGCGGUCUGUCCAUGGCUGAAGCUGGGAAGCUCCAUAGUCCGGUGAGCUGCAGCUCCGAUCCAGAUGACUCCAUGGAGCCAUACACCACAGAAAGACUCAGCAGGCUGCCGAGGGGUUACAAACCUCUCACAGAGCCAUUCACAGCCCUCACUAUAGAUUUCAACAACGUGCAGGAACUGGAAGGCCUGAGCUCCAGGGAGGUUCAAGAAAUCCGGUUACCUGUCACCCAGGAAGGAGAGCUGGAUGCUUUGGCAGUGUGGUUCCAGCUCCACCUGGACGAGGAGAGCAGUCUGUCUACUGGACCCCAGGAAGACACCUGCUGGGAGCAAGCUAUCUACCCUGUCCACAGCAACAAGAGUUUUCUGUUAAAGCCACAAGACGAGCUGAUUGUUGAAAUCUCCUGCCGGGACGCCUACCUGAGACUUAGCAGUGUUGCUGUGCUGAGAGAUGGUCAGAAAAUCUAUCUAGACAAGCGUGUGGAUUCGCAGUACUCUGAAAACCCUUUUCCAAACCUGAACCCAGAGGCAGAACUGUGCAGUGCAUUAGCAUGUCUUCAGACUAAUCAGAGUCAAAGCGAAGACUUCUGCAUGCUGGAAUGCUCUGAGAUGGCUCUCCUGAACAAUCAGGAUUACCAUCAGAGCUUUUGCAGUGCAUUAGCCAAGCUUAUCUCCAAACUGAAGGUUAAAUACCAAAACCAUGAGCAGGAAUCGGCUGAUCCUGCCGUGUCCACACCUGGCAGCAGUCUGCUUUACGUGCUGGAUGUGUCAGAGGGCUUCUCUCUGCUCUCCCUCAUCGCAUCCAGCCACGGUCACGUGAAAGCCUACAGCUCUAUGGAAAAGAAGAAGCAACAGGAAGUGCUGAAGAGACUGGCUCGCUCCAAUGGUAUCUCAGAGCAGCAUCUAGAGUUCUGGCUCAACCACAUGGAGGAUGAGCAAGGGAUGCUGCAGAGGCCAUCCCGGGAGAAACUGUGGAGCGCCAUAAUCCUGGACUGUGUGGAAACUUGUGGCCUCAUUCGGCAGAAACUCAUGGAGAAAGCUUCACUGGCCAGGUGUUUGCUGGAAGAAGGGGGACGUAUUUUCCCCGAAAAGAUUGUAGUGUAUGGCAUAUUGGUGGAGUCAGACACCUUGCUACAGGAAAGUGCUGUCCAGGGUCAGGAGCCAACACUGGGAUUCAACAUCGCUCCUUUCAUCAACCAGUUCACUGUACCAGUCCAUGUGUUUCUGGACUUUUCCACACUGGAGUGUAGACAUCUAAGUGAAGUUGCGGAGCUCUUUGUUCUUGACCUCAUGGAUGCCACUGCAAACUACACCAACAGAGACGUCAAGGUCCAGGCCAUGUCUGCAGGCAGAAUUACUGCAAUUCCGUUCUGGUACCACAUCCACCUGGACCAGGAGAUCAGUGUAAGCACACUCAGCCAGAACUCUCACUGGAAGCAGGCAGCUGUUGUUCUGCAGCAGCCCAUCGAAGUCCGAGCUGGAGACUGGGUCAACCUUGCCGUGAGGCUUCACAAAAGCACCAUCUCCAUCUCGGUCCAUAUAGAAAACACACCUGCACAGAUGGACUGAAAUUCUUUUAAACUGUAUUACUUUGUAUUAUUGUUAAAUAUCUUUAGAUUUUCUCUCACAGUCUUUGGGAAAUGAAUUAAAUUCUGUACAUUUCCUCACUGCCGUUAUUGAAAGAUUUCCCUUCCCUGGUAUCUUUCUAAUUGUUAUGUGACUCCUCAAGUUUUAGUGCUUUUCAAACACAAGAGGAUCUCUGAUUAGUAGAGAUUAAGUAGUAGCCUCCACAAUACAGGACAUGCUUUGUUAGAGCCUGUGGGACAAUGAUUUCUAGCCAUCAGAGAAUCUUUAAGUAAUAAUCUUUCUAGGUAUGUUAUGAAUUUCUGUGUCGUACUGUACAGUCAUAGGACGUUUAUAAAAGCUAGUAUUAAAAAAUCAAAGUAUAAAAUAUAAUUGUUUUCCUUUUAUUAUGAAUACAGUUGUUGUAAAGAUGAUCUGAUCCAAACAAUUUCACCAAUAAAUGUGACAUUUUCUUAACAAAUGAAAGACAGAGUUAUAUUACAGGUAAUUUGUUUUAUUGAUCAUUUAAAAUAUUAAACAUUACAUCAGAUCUGAUGUAAUCCUGCAACUUUUAUAUGUAAAAAAAAAAGGCAAUGCAACAUGCUUCAGUUGGACAUUGUGCAAAAUGUUAAUCUGAUUCAUGAAUUUUUUGACAAACAUAUCUUAAACUGUACAUUUAUAGCUAGUAUCCCUGAACAAAUCCAUGUGAGUCACAAUGAAAAAAAGAGCCUGAAAGGUUUCAGGGAAAA